AAACGCGGAGAGCACAGGGAGACCCCGGGCAGGGCGGGCUGCACUCGCGGUGGCACAGGGUGGCCUGGUGGCCCCUCGGGCUUAGCACGCCCGACAGCACUAACGCUCCGGGGCCGGACCAGCAAAUCUUUUGUCCGGGGCGGCGCUGAGCCAGCAGGGCGCUGCCCGGUGUAAACGGGGACCCGCGGAAGGGGCGGGGCGCACCAUGGCGCAGCGCUCGGGGAAGAUCACUCUCUAUGAAGGCAAGCACUUCACAGGGCGGAAGCUGGAGGUCUCCGGGGACUGUGACAACUUCCAGGACCGGGGCUUUAUGAACCGAGUGAACUCCAUCCGCGUGGAGAGCGGAGCCUGGGUCUGCUUCGAUCACCCCGACUUCCGGGGCCAGCAGUUCAUCUUGGAGCACGGUGACUACCCCGACUUCUUCCGCUGGAACAGCCACAGUGACCACAUGGGCUCCUGUCGGCCUGUAGGAAUGCACGGGGAACAUUUCCGCCUAGAAAUCUUCGAGGGUUGCAACUUCACGGGCCAGUGCCUGGAGUUCCUGGAGGACAGCCCCUUCCUCCAGAGCAGGGGCUGGGUCAAGAACUGUGUGAACACCAUCAAGGUGUACGGGGACGGAGCAGCAUGGAGCCCUAGAAGCUUCGGAGCUGAGGACUUCCAGCUGAGCAGCUCUCUUCAAUCAGAUCAAGGACCGGAAGAGGCCACCACAAAACCAGCAACAACCCAGCCACCUUUCCUGACUGCAAACCUCUGAGCCUGGAACCGAUUGACAUGUAAAUGCACCUGCACUGUUUCUGAGCCGGGAGAGUGUUUACUUAAAAUCAUGCCCUCAGUUUUCA